UCCAAUACGUCAGAUGGCAACAUCAAAAAGAUCCAAUUAAUCCAAAAUUGCGCAGCCCGAUUAAUUACAGGGGUGCACAAGUAUGAUCAUAUAUCACGGACAUUAAACGCGUUAGGAUGGUUGUCAACCAAAGAACAUCUAUUGUACAGAGAUGCGUUAUUGACAUUUAAAUGUAUGAAUGACAAAGCUCCACAGUAUUUAUGUGAUAAUUUUGAACUACGAAACAGAAUUCAUAACCGAGAUACUAGAAGAAAUGGAGACCUGGAUAUUCCAAAAUAUACGACAUCGAUCGGGCAAAGAUCGUUCAAAUACCGAGGGACUAAGAUAUGGAAUGGUCUAGAUACAGAGCUGAAAUCAAUUAGUGAUUUGAACAAUUUUAAGACGAAACAUAAGACAAUUCUUAUUGAGAAGCGAUGUCCUUCUUUUUAA